ACAUAAUUUUUUGACUCAUUCAACUUUGGUGCUUCCCACCACACUCCCGUCCUACUUUACUCCCUCCUACUUUUCCCCAGACCUGUACUUUAAAUAAUCUUAAUCUUAACUCAUAUACCCACUUGCUGUCCCAGCUCUCAUUCAAUGAUCAACCCUUCCGAUGAUGUCUUUAGACAGUUCCCUACUCACAGCCCUUGCUGGCCUCACCCUAGCCUCACUAACCAUUUUCGUUAUUUACUAUAAAUGGAGCUUCGCUUACUGGAAGAAACUCAACGUCCCUUACCUGGAACCCAGGAUUCCUAUGGGCAACAUGGCGAACACAUUAACAGCCACCGAAAAUUUCGGAAUCGUGAUAAAACACAUAUACGACCAACUAAAAAGCCAAAAAGUCCGCCUUGGUGGUCUAUACAUUUUUUCUACACCUGCCUACAUAGUGAUCGAUUUGGAGUACGUGAAGAAUGUACUAUCAAAAGAUUUUCAAUAUUUCGUCGACCGUGGUAUUUAUCACAACGAAGAGGUUGAUCCCCUCAGUGCUCACCUUUUUAAUCUUGAUGGAGAAAAGUGGAGAAAUACGAGGAAUAAACUUAAUUCGGCUUUCACUUCAGGAAAAAUGAAGAUGAUGUUUGAAACGUUGCUACAUUUUGAAAAAAAUCUUCACGAAGAGAUUGAUAGCUUGUGUAAGAGUGGGAAACCUGUAGAUGUGAAAAAACUUCUUUGUUGUUACAUGAUUGACGUUAUUGGUUCUGCCUCGUUUGGUUUGGAGUGUAAUAGUUUCGAAGCCGAUCCAGCCCCUUUUCGAGAAUAUGGUUUAAGAUUCUUUAAUAUGACAACUUGGGAGUGUUUCCUGUUUUGGAUAUCUGUGGCGUUUCCAAAACUGGCGAAGGCAUUAGGACUAAGGGUUGUGCCUAAAAUUGUGUCAGAUUUCUUCAGCAAUGUUGUCAAGGAUAACGUCGAAUAUAGAGAGAGAAAUAAUUACGUCCGGAAUGAUUUCAUGCAGUUGUUGAUUAAAAUGAAAAGUAAUAACUUUACUCUUGAGCAAAUUGCAGCACAAAGUUUUGGGUUGUUUUUGGGGGGUUUUGAAACAACUUCCAAUAGUCUAUCUUGGACAAUGUACGAACUCGCCAAAAAUCAGGAUAUUCAAAACAAAGUAAGAGAAGAAAUUAACGCAGUCGUAGCUACAUAUGGCGGAAAAGUCACUUACGACGGCAUACAAGACAUGAAAUACUUGGGUCAAAUAAUGGAUGAAACUCUUCGGAAGUAUCCAGCCGGCGGCGUAUAUACCAGAAUUUGUAAUAAAGACUACAAGGUACCCGAUCAAGAUAUUGUUAUAAAGAAAGGUACUCGACUUUUGAUUUCGGUUUUGGGGAUACAUCGCGACGAAGAAUAUUAUCCUGAUCCUGAAAAAUUCGAUCCUGAAAGAUUCAACGAAGAAAACUCGAGGUCCAGACCGCGAUACGCGCAUUUGCCUUUUGGAGAAGGUCCCAGAACCUGCAUAGGUAUACGAUUUGGCCGUAUGCAGUCAAAAGUGAGUCUGGCUUCUUUGCUGAAAAAUUACAAGUUUACUUUGAACGAAAAAACUGAACCCCCGAAGUUUGCAGUAAAUUCGUUUCUCUUGGUUCCAGCCGGAGACAUUUGGUUAAAUGUGGAAAGAAUAUAAUUAAAAAUAGACAAAAUUUGUGUGUAGCUAUAGCAGGAAGUGGUAUUUUGGCGAGGCUUAACCGUGUUAAGAAAUCAUCCGGAAGUAUGAAGACUUCUAGGGCGAGUUACACACAAACUUCUUGUACUUUGAUGUUUUCACAAUAAAAUAAUUUUGUAAAAGUGAUUUAUAAUCAGUCUUUUGUUUCUGAAUAAAGCACAAGUUUUUAUUUUUUAAUAGAA